AUGAGAAUAAAAGAGUUACAAAGCAGUCUAGAGGCGCAAGAGUUGCGUCUGACUGAAAGAGCCUCUGAGAGAGAGGUAGAGCAGGCUCUGAAAGCUUCUUUUGUCAAGAAGGUCCAGAAGCAGUCUUGGUCAGAGGCCAAGAAAAUACAUGAUAGGUAUCAAGAGUUAGAAGCCUCCAAUUCUGAUGAAAAGAAACAUCAGAAGGGAAGGGAGAAGCUUGACAAGAGAAUGGUUCAAUGCUACUGUUGUAAUAGGUUUGGCCACUUUGCUAAGGACUAUUUUGAAUAUGAGUCAGAGUCAAAAGAUGACUCUAAAUCUGAAGUCGAGUCUGAUUUUGAAUAUGAGUCAGAAUCUGAAGGUUAUGAAGAAGAGUCAGAAUAUGAGGGUUCUGAAGACGAGUCAGAGUCAAAAGAUGACUCUGAAGCUGAAGAUGAGUCAGAGUCAGAAGAUGACUCUAAAGCUGAAGAUGAGUCAGAAUCAAAAAAUGACUUUGAAGGUGAAUCUGAUUUUGAUCCAGAUUCUGGUGGUGAUUCAAACUCUGGUGGAGAUCCAGACUAUGGUAAUAUUUUAGACUCUGAAGGUGGCCAUGCCUCUAAAGGUGGUACUUGUGGGGUUCCAUCAUCUGAUAUUGUUCUAGCGUCAGGAGGAGAUUCUGAACAAGUUCAGAUGCCACAAAGAAUCAUACAAAUACCAAUAAGAUUUGCAGAGUUUGACAUGUUGCAAGAUACUGAAGUAGACCCUGAGGGAGAAGUCGUUCAGUGUGUCAUGUUAAUAGACUCUGAACUAGUGAGUGUUGAAUAA